CACCUGCUCGAGAAUAAAAACCCUCACUCGGACGCCGAUCGCCGAUGUCCUAAACCUUCUCUCUUCUCUCUUCUCUCUUCUCUCCAGUAUCCGCCAUGGCCGAGUCCGAAUCCCCUUCGAAAUCCAGCACGAAGAAGCCCUCUCUUUGCGACGAGUGCGGCUCAAAUCCAUGGAAGUACCGCUGCCCCGGUUGCUCUCUCCUCACCUGCAGCUUACCCUGCGUCAAAUCCCACAAGGAGCGCACCAGUUGUACCGGGAAGCGGAAGCAGACCGAAUUCGUCCCCCUUGCGCAGUUCGACGACAGUAUCCUCCUCUCUGAUUACAACAUGUUAGAGGAGACGAAGAGGCUCGUGGAAUCGGCUCAUCGUACGAUAACUGGGUUCGGCAGCAAUAUCAGGUUUCGGCUUCCGAUGAGGCUGCAUAUGCUCCGAAAUGCUGCUAAACGCAGGAGGACUCGUCUUUUGGUUCUUCCACAGGGCAUGUCUAUGAGACAGAAAAACCAGUCUCACUACGACCGGAGGAACGAUUGUAUAUAUUGGACUGUGGAGUGGAGGUUUCACUCAACAGAUGUUAUCUUAAUGGACCAUGAGGUUGAUGAACGUGUGAAUUUGUCCACUAUUCUUGAGAAACAUCUAGCACCUAGUCCAUGGAGUGAUCAACUGAAAUCAUUUCGCAGCUCAAAUUUGGAUGACUUGAAGCUUUUCGUUCGAAAGAAUGCUAAGGGGACCAAGUCACCUUACUGUCAAUUGAACGUAAGGGCUCCUAUUGGCCAACAAUUGCAGAACACCAUGGUUGUUGAGUACCCAGUGAUGCAUGUUUUUCUUCCUUCCCAUUGUUAUGAUUUUGAAGUGGAGAAGACAAAGUCAUCUAUAAAGAAAGAUGAAAAGUCACAUUCUGUCGAUUGUCUCUCAAGCCCCAAGGGUGUUGCCUUUAGGGAAGAGGAAAUUGAAGAAGGUGAGCUGCCUUCAGACACAGUAGUCGUGGAUCUUAUGCAUUGCAAAACUGAUGAGUCUUGCAACUCUACUCAGAUUGCUAGAAGCAGCAAUGUAUCUGCAAAUGGAGAUAAAUAUAUGCCAGCCUUGGUAGCCCAAAGUUUAGAACCUGUUCCUAGCGAGAAGCAUGAAGAUAUUACCAAAGACACUAACACACAUUUGGCUGGUCUACUAUCCAACAGAUGUUUGGAGGAGGAUAAAUUCGACUUUGAGCAAGAAGUCAAAGAUGCUUGUUCAGACCUAAUAGGGGAACUAAAUCCCGAUGAUUUUCUAUGCUUCGACACUCAGUUUGGUGGAGAGGAUGAAGAAACAAGUAACAAUUUCCUAAGUUUUGUUGAUGAUCUCUUCGAAGUUGAAGAUUUAGAGGAAGGCGAAAUCUCAAGUUAACGAAAAUCAUCAUAGAAGUUUAAGAUCUUUCUAAUUUGAAAGGGAAGAUUGUCUGGCUGUGAUUUGUACUCUCAGAUUUUGGUCUCAGUUUGUCUUCAUACAUCAUCAUCCAGAAGAGAUGCAUGGUUUUGUCAUUCUAAAGACUUCAUUUUUAAUUCUUUUUGGCUUUGGUGUUGUAUGAUUGUAGAGAUGAACAGCUUGUCUAAGUCAGCCAUUUGUUAAACUUAUAUUUUAAAGCUGAAUUUAAAUCAUGAUUUAGGCUA